AUGAUGCAAGAAGAUAUUCCCGAAAAGGGGCCACGAAAGCCUCAAACUGCGCCUACCAACAAAUAUGAAUCCAACGGUUGUGUCAGCGACUUUGUCUAUGUCUGGAGAAGAGCAACACAACUCCUUCACUUGGCCAUUACCAAAUUUGUAAUUGCUGUUAGUCUAUUGGCUGCCCGCAACCCAAAAAGAUGCAUAGGCGCAAUCUGUCUGGUCUCCAUCACACUCAUCACCGCAGGUCUAUUUACCAACUUUGAACUGAGUGCCGAUAAUGAGCAAAUCUUUGCCCCCGUGGACUGCCUACCCAGAGAGCAUUUUCAAUGGGUCCAGGAAACCUUCCCGUCUUUUGCCCGUCCACUCAUCUUGAUCUUGCAUGCCAAUGGGGACAAUGUAGUGACAUAUGAAGCUACAAGACGACUUUUCAAUGCCACCGACAGUGUCCGAGCCAUGGAUGGUUAUGAAGCCAUCUGUGCAGGUAGCAACGGCGAGCACGGUGGCUGCAGCAUCGCUGGUCCCACCAGGUUCUGGGAACACAAUGCCACAUUGUUUGAAGAACAAUCUCAAGGGUCUGAUGAGCUGGUGAUGCACGCCCUGUCCCAAGAUUCUGCGGGCGGAACUCCCUUUCCACACAGCCUGUUCAUCGGAAACCUACAUCGUGAAGCAAUCACAGGCGAAGACGGAAACAAUGGCACCCUGAUCACCUCUGCCCAGUCAUUGGUCAAUCUCAUUGACUUGCCGAGCUGGCCCAAUGGAGAAAGUGAGGAGUUUGAGCUGGAAAUGCUCAAUCUGCUCAAGCCCAUCAAGGCAGCAUUGGAAGCUCAAGUGGACCAGCCUUACCGUCUCGAAAUCUACACUAUGCGGUCUCUCCCAGAUGAACUAACCCGGGCCAUUUCAGAGGAUUUGCCACUGAUCCCUUGUGUCUUUGCAAUCAUGGCAGCAUUCACAUGCAUGGUGUUUUGCCGAAGAGACAUCAUCCAGUCACGGGCACUUCUUGGUAUCGGAUCUGUUGUGACAAUCAUGCUGUCCAUCAUGAGUGGCUUUGGGCUUGCCUUCUGUAUUGGGUUGCCCUUUACCAGCAUGACUUCUGUUCUCCCCUUUGUUAUUUUUGGCAUUGGACUCGAUGAUACUUUCAUUAUUGUGGGAGCAUACCUGAGAACGGAUCCUACAAAAGAUCCGGUUGAACGAAUCCGAGAAACCAUGGAAGAAGUUGGAAUGAGCGUGUCCAUUACAACUAUCACAACAACAGUUGCUUUUGUACUGGGGACUGUGACAACCAGCAUCCCCAUUAUUCAAUACCUAUGCCUCUAUGCAUUCCCAACCAUCUGCAUUGAUUUCCUCUAUCAAAUAUCCUUCUUUGUCGCCAUUAUCGUGUUGGAUGAACGGAGAAUUGCAGCCAACAGAAGAGACUGUUGCAUUUGCUUCAGUGCCAAAGACCGUGGCACUGAAGAAGACACUGAUGGAUUGGAGGAUGAUGUCUCGCAGGUAGCCGUCCCCAUCAAAGCACCAGUUGUUGACCGGUUCAUGGAUUGGUAUUGUGACCAUCUGCUGCAUCCUGUUGUGAAAGUGGUUGUCAUGAUUGUGUUUACUGCAUUGGUUGGUGUCUGCAUCUACAGCACUACUCUCUUGAAACAAGAGUUCAAACCAGCUGACUUUUUGCCUCAAGUUUCUUAUGCAAUGGACUUCUUGGAUGCAAUGGACUUGUACACUAACCGCAAGUUGGGAGUGGCUGCCUACUUCAGGGAUGUUGACCAGUCCGAUCCCCAGGUUCAACAGCAGAUGAUUGACUACAUCAACGAUUUAGCUGCUCUUCCUCAAAUUCAAGCUAUGCCAGAACUCUGCUGGGUCACAGACUUCCAAAAGCUGAUGAAUGGAGACAACCCGGCCUUUGAAGAGUACUCAUCGCUACUUGGCGAGAACAGCACUCUGACGUUCACUGAAAAAUUAGACCUCAUGCUGAGUGUGCCAGAAAUCAAUGAAGCAUAUGGGAGUAGUAUUUUGCGCAAUGAAGAUGGAGAAAUUGUGGCCUCCUCAUGCUUUAUCGCUGUCAACCAUGUCGACCUUGAUGUAGUCAAGGAGCAGAGUAUCUUUCUUGCCGACCAACGCAAAGUUGCCGAGGCACAACCUAUCAAUCAAGAUGGAGAGGGAUUCAAGUUUUUCGCAUUUGAUCUUAUAUAUUUCAUCUGGGAAUUCUACACCAUUGUACCAUCUGAGCUUGCCUUCACCACAGUUUCCGGUGUUGUGGCAGUUACCGCCCUGGCCUUCAUCCUCAUCCCACACUGGUCAGCAGCAUUCUUUAUACUUCCGCUAAUGUGCAUCCUCAACAUAGACUUGUUGGGGAUGCUCCAAUUUGCUGGACUCAGCAUCAACCCCCUGACCUACAUCUGCCUGGUAAUCUCAGUGGGGCUUUUGGUAGAUUUUAUCAUGCACAUCAUACUCCGUUAUUAUGAGUCAACAAAGCCCACACGCGAGGAAAAGGUCAAGGAUACUCUAAGAACCAUGGGUGCUUCCAUCCUAGUGGGUGGCCUUUCUACCUGUCUGGGUGUCGUUCCAUUGGCAUUUAGCACCAAUGGUAUCAUCCAGACUGUCUUCAUCAUGUUCAUUGCCAUGGUCUCACUGGGUCUUGCCCAUGGUUUGAUACUGUUGCCAGUUCUCCUUUCCUAUGUGGGACCCACUGUCUGCAUCAAACCAGGACACAAUGAUCAUGACAACCUGAAGAAGACACCAGUGAUUACCAAGGCAAGUUCCCGUAUGGCAGAAACAUCACUGUCAAGGUCCAAAUUGGCCGUGCUUCCGGGGGUCCCAGAGGAUGAAGCAGAAUGCAGCGAGACCCGCAACUUCCGUGGAAGUGAAGAUGGUGAGACUCGGUCUGUGGUCUUCACUUCUGACGACGAUGACGAUCACACGGACUCAGAAGAUGGACUCAUGACAUUGUCAUUUGACAGCCAAGAAGAUUUACCGCCAGGCUACAUCCCUCCAAGGGUUUGCCUGGAGAGGAACACUUCCUUUGGAACAGAAUACAGUCUGUAG